AUGGACAAAGUCAAAAAUGAAAUAUAAGCAAACCAUGUAAAUAAUAAAAUGGAGUAAAGUCCUCCUUUGGAUAAUAAUUUCCAAUUUAAAAGAAAAAUGACCAAAUAGGAGUUUAAUUAAUUAUUAAAUCACGAAAUUGAAGAAGAAAUGAAAGAAGUAGACGUUGGAAAAGAAGAAUUAAAGGCAGAUAUUUAAUUCUAAAAGUAAAAAACUAAAAUGUAAUCAAAUCAUAAAAAAAUCCAUUUUGAAGAGGAUAAGGAAGUUGCCCAAAGGGAAAAGUUUUAGAGAAAGGAAAAAAGAAUUCGAAUUUCUGCCCUUUUUGAAUAAAAAAAUGAACUCACUACUAAAAAAUACGAUUAACUUGUCCAAAAGUCUUUAAAUUAUUUCAAUUUAAACCAUCCACUAAGAAGAUAUUUAUUCAAAAUCACAAAUACUAUUUAUUAUAAAAGAAUCAUAUUGCUGUUCACACUUCUUUAAAUUGCAGGGUUUUUUAUGAUAGAUUAUAGUUACAGAAAACAUCAAAACUUAGAAAAGUUUUAGAUAAAUACUAAUAAGAUUAGUUAUUUCUUUGACUUGGUGUGCAAUAUAGUAUUUACAUUUGAAUUAAUUAUAAACAUUAUUAUUUGUGGUUUGUGGUAAAAGAAGUAUACAUACUUUAGGAACAAAUGGAAUAUCCUUUUAUUUUGCGUGCUCAUUUCUAGCUGGAUAUCUUUAUUUCUUGAGAAUUAAUUAGUUAAUUCGAUUAAAUAUUUAAGAAUAACUACUUUUUUUAGACACUUUCCUAACCUUAGAAUGAAAGUUAAUGCCUUCUUUGUAAGCUUCAGUCAUCUAACAAAGACUUUUGUUCCUUUAAUUAGCAUCGUAUUUCUUUAUGCAGUUAUUGGAAUGAGUUUUUUCAAAGGAGAUAUUGAAAGUAGGUGCAGAUUAACGCAGCAUCCUGAUUUGGAAAGUUAAACUUGGGAGAUAGACCCUAAUAAUUAAUUGCCAUGCGGUUUUCUAGAGUGCCCUGAUUUUCCUGUUUAAACAUAUUGUGGAAAUCCUAUCGAUUAUAAUUUACCACCUAACCAUAGCGAGUAUAAUAAUGAGGAAUUACUAUUUGGAUUUCCAAAUUUUGAUAAUUUUUAAUCAGCAUUAUUUACUGUCUAUACUUUCUUUAUGGUUUCUGGGUGGGUUAGUAUAACGCAAAUAUAUUGGAGAGCAUAGCAGAAAGAAGUUGCAGCUGUUUAUUUUGGUUCACUUGUUUUAGUGACGUCUUAAAUUUUUUCAAAUAUUAUUCUAGCCACUCUUUAUGAAGGUUUUUUAAAUUAAACUCAUAUAAAACAUGGGCCAUAGGUGUUCUACAACCAAAAAAAGUAAAAGAAAAGAGAUGAAAACAAUAAUUAAAAACUAAGGUCUAGGAGUAGAAGAGAUUUUAUUCAUGAAAUUUAAAAAAAAUAAGAAAAUUUAAAUUCUGAUCUAUUUUAAAAUGAGAUUAAAAAAUCUUCUGAAGUUUUAGAUACUGAAUAUCCUUUAAAUGAAUAACAAGAAUAAAAUAAUUCUUCACUAAAAAGUCAUUUUUAAAAGGAAAAAACUAAAUUCAAAUUCAGAGAUUUAUUUGUUUCAAUAAAAAAGUCUCCUUAUACAAAAUUUUUGUUUUUUGCCAAUAAUCUGAUGUCCAUAAUUGUCCUUUGUCUCGAUUACUCAGAUAUUACUGAUAGAGAUUAUAGAAUACUAAAUUGUCUUGAUUUUAUAGCUGUUUUAGUUUUGUUAUUAGAGAUUUUAAUUACUUUUGUUGCUGAUGGGAUAAAAUAAUACUUUAACAAUAAUAUCAAUAUUCUUGAUUGUUUAAUAUUUUUAACUCAUAUUAUUAGCUAUCUGUUUGAGGUAAAUCUGGGGUACGAUAUUUUCUUCCCUGUUAAGUAGCCAUUUAUCCUAGUUAGAUGCACAAAAAUAAUGAGAUCCUUUUAAUUGUUAUAUAAUUAUUAAAUCUUUGAAAGUUGGAGAGUUAUUCUAGAUACCUAUUAUUAUACUCUCUAAACUAUACCUGAAUAUUUGAUUGUUUCAAUUAUUCUUAUCCUUGUCGUUUCUUAAAUUGGAAGAGAGCUAUUCUCCCAAUAUAUACCUGAAAGUGAGAAUGAAUUAAUAAGAAUAAAUUUUGAGAGUGUUAUAGAUAGCAUAAUUGCUUCUAUAAUGAUACUUUAUAAUGAGGAAUACUAUGUUUCUAUGUAUUUCUAUUCUGAAAUAGUAGGGGCUCAGAGUAUUGUGUUUUAUCUUUUUACUAUGCUAAUUUUAUAUGUCUUGUUUAUGAGAUUAUUUAUUGCUCUGUUUAUCAAACACUUUGUAAAAUGGAUGGAAGAGCUUGAGAAGGAAAUAUUUAAUAGUAAAGAAUAAUAGCACAUAACAGAUUAUUACACUUUUGUCAAAUUAACUUUUUAAAGGUGUUUUUAUUAUUUUUUUAGCAAAUCUGAUAUCAAAAAAAAGAGCUAAGUUUCUGCUAUUAAUGGUUAAAUUAAUAAUGUAGAGUCAAAUAUAAACGUAAUAAAUAAUUUCAAGAAUUCUUCUGAAAGUCUUUAAAAUAAGAUUUAGAAAAGUUUAAAUUUAUAAGUAGAUAAAACAAACUAUUUAAAAGAUAAAAUUUUUAUGUCACCGAAAGACAAUUUUUCGGUUAAAUCUAGUAAUAAAAAUAACUCUUCUUACUUUAAAAAGUCUUCUAUUAAAUCUUUAAGCUGUUAAGUUCAAGACGAUAGUUCAAAUUAAUUUGUAUCUCCUCCCAAAAAAUUGAAUCAUCUGAAUAUCUUUUAGAAUAUUUAAAAAAGACCAACAAUUCAAGGAUUAUUAAUAAAUCAAAAAGCUAAUAUCAAAAAUCCUAGUAAAUUAUCUCAGUAUGCAGAGGCAGGUGAAUAAAAUCAAAAGGAUAGCCCUGGCUUAACAGAUUUUAGCAAUAAUCAAAAAAAUAAGUAAGAUAAUAAUCAAAGGUAACAAAAUGAGAGUUUUCAUUAGGGUUCAGAUUCAAAACCUAAAUUAUCUAAUCUAUUUUCUAAAAUCACAAAAGAUAUUAAUUCAGAAACAUAAUCUAUCAAAUUAAAAAGCGGUUACCUAAAUAGUUAAAAUGAUGAUAUGUAAAAAUUGAAUCCAAGUAACUAAAAGAGCUAAUUUAAUAAAUUAUUAAAUAAUGAUGAAUAAACUUAUAAAAAAAUAAACUUAAACCUAGAAAUGUAGAAUCAUUCACCUAAAAUUGGUAAUUUUUUCCAACAAGAAGAUUAAAAUGAAAAAGAUAUUCAAAUAGGUCAUUUUUAAAAAGAAAAAGAUAAUCAAUAAAAUGUAACUCAAAAUCAAAAUAAAAAUGGCUAUCUAGAAAAUGAUAAUAUAAUUUAAGACAAAUUGUCUAAUUAUAGUGCUAAAGAAUCGUAAAAUAUGAAAAGAGGAGAUAAUAUAAAUCAUAAAAAAUCCGAUAGUCAUAUUAAUAAACUUGAAAAUAAGAACAUUGAAGAUUUAAUCUCUCAUAAUUCUUUUAAUAAUCUUAAAGGAAAACACCAAAAGAGUAAUACUAUUAUGAAUAUCCCUACUGGAUUAACAGAGACACUUCCUACUUAAAAUAAUAAUCAGAUAUUUGAAAAUAACUUUUUAGAAACUCCGUAAAAAUAGGCAGAUUUCUUAAACUCGAAAAAUAAUAACCAAAGUUCAGAGAAUAACUUUUUAGAAAUAUCUUAAAAAAGCUACAAAAUUCAAAAUAGUUAGAUUUCUCCAACCUAAAAAUAAAAAAACAAAAAAUUAAAUCAAUUUAAUAGAAGCUAGAGUUUAUUCAUAAGCAAAGAUAUUGACAGUGUAGUCGAGAGUAUCAGCAUGAGUAAUAAAAAAAAUUAUAACAAUAAAGAAAACAGUGACUCAAUAAUACAAGAAAGUCAAGCAGAAAAAAAAUAAAAUUAAUUGAAUAUCGUUUAAAACAUAGAAGAAGAAUUAAGUAACUAUUAAAACUAUUAAAUUGAUGAAGAAAAUUCGCUUAUUUUGACUUUUUUCAGUAUUAUACAAAGUAAAAAAUUUGAUUUCGCUAUGAUUGUUUUCUUUAUUUGUUAAGCAGUUAUUUUUGUAUUGGAUUCACCUUAUCUGGAUACAAAGAGCAAAUAAAAAUUGACUCUCUUAAUAUUACAGGGAAUACUGAGCUUCAUAUAAAUAUUAAUAAAUUUGAUUAAAAUAUUCAAUUUAGGGCUGCUUAAUUACCUGACAUAAAAUUACACAAAUAUAAUUGAUCUAAUUACAUCAAUUACCUGUUUUGUGUAUGUCUUCCCUCUUAAUAAAGAACCUCUAUAUUACCUUAAGCUAAUCAAUAUCUUUAGACUGCUAUUAGUAUUGAUAUAUUUGGCAAAAUAUAAUCAGUAAAUUAAAUUUGCAGGAAAACUUGUGUAAGAGUGUGCUCCAAGGAUGAAGAAACUAAUCACGUUUACCGUUUUAUACUUGCUAAUGAUGGGAAUAAUUACAACUAAAUUGCUAAAAGGUUAAAAUUGGUAAUGCACAUUCCCUACUGUGUACGGUGAAGAUAAAGGAUAUUAGGAAUUAGUUGUUUCAAAAACAGACUGUAUUGAUUUGGGAGGAGACUGGACUGAAUCUGACUACAAUUAUGAUAAUAUAAUAAAAUCUGUUUAAAUAUUAUACAAUAUAUAGUCAUCUGAAGGCUGGUCUCAAAUCAUGUUUGAUACCUAUGAUUCUCAAGGAAGAAACUUAACUCAUUAAUACUAAGCUCAUAGUUAUUGGGCUAUAUUUUUUAUUCAAUUUUACUUUAUUGCUUUUGUAUGUUUUCUUAACAUGUUUGUAGGACUAAUGGUAGAAUCCUUUAGUGAACUUCUUGAAAAAGAGAAUCUCAUUCACACACUGAAUCCUUAGCAAAAAGAAUGGUACUUCAUAAAGUCAUCCAUUUAUGGUAUUUCACCUAGCAAAUAAUUAGCUCCUCCAGAUAAUCCAAUAUCUAAAUUUAUUUUUAAGCAUCUUAUCAAAGGAUAUGCUUUGAAAAUUAUUAUCUACAUAUUUAUUUUGUUGAAUGGGAUAUCAUUUCUUUUCUUUAAAAGUAGAAUGACCAGGGAUGAAUUAGAAAAUCUAUAUCUAAUUAACAAGAUUUGUUUAUCAGUUUUUUCUGUAGAAUUUAUUCUAAUCUUAAUAGCUAUACAAAGACAAUUUUUGAUAAGUAAAAAAAAUUUGUUUAACCUCACAGUCAUUAUUAUUGGAUGGCUAAAUUUAAGUUUCUAGUUGAAUAACGAUGUCAAGACAUACAAUUUCAAUUAUAGAAUUUUAGAUGGCAUAGCUAAAGGCUUAUAAUUGAUCAGAGCUUAUAUUAUUUUUAGACAUUUUGUUUUGAUUAGAAAACUUUUUAAAAGCUUACAUUAUGCAAUAUCUUCGAUCAAAGGUGUACUUAUUAUAGUAGUUGUCUUUCUGUACACUUCUGUGCUAUUGUCCCUUAAUCUUUUUCCUUAUUUAAAACCUUAGGAAAUCAUAAACUAUUACGAUAAUCAUUUUCAAACGUUCUUUUAAGCUACUUUUACUCUAAUAAGAAUAGUUACUAGUGAAGCAUGGUAUUUAAUCCCAUUAGAAUGUUCAUAGAAAUAAGAACCUAAUUUUGUAUGCCGAAAUGAUAUGCAUUCAUAUGAAGAUUAUGUCUAAUUUGGAUUAGCGAGUUGUGGAAAUUCUCUUUCUUUUUUCUUUUUCUACUUCUUUUAUCUAUUUUUUACACUAGUAAUACUAAAUAUUUUUAUUGCUACAAUCAUUGAAUCUUAUAAACAAUCUUUCAAAGCAGAUGAAAGUGCUAUUAAUCACUACUAAAUGGAUGAUAUUCUUGAAUUAUGGACUGCAUUUGACCCUUAGGGAAAAGGUUAUAUUACUUAUAAAUAAUUUUGGAAAUUUUCCAGCUAGAUAGCUAUUAUCUAUGGUGUUGAUAGUUAAGAACUGCUCGAUAUUGAAAAUAAAUAAAAAUUUUUACAGACUUUAAACAUUCCAAUAUUUGAAGACCCAGAAAAUAAAAUUUUUUGUUACAAAUUUCAUGACGUUGUAAUUUCACUUUCAAGAAUUUCUGUCUCAAUCAAGUAUGGUGUUAAUAACUUAGAACCAGAAGAUGCAGAUCUUAAUUACAUUUUAGAGUAGAAAAUCGUAAAAUCCAAAUUAAAAGGAGAAAAUUUAAUAAAACCAACUAAUUUAACAAGCUCAGACAUGAUUUUAAUAAUUAUACUUAGUAGCAAAGUAAGGCUAUGGAAGAAAAAAUUUGUAGAUAAAAAUCACGAUUCCUAAUUCUAUUCAAACUUAAAAAAUAUCACAAUGAAACUAAAAAACUAAUUAUAUACAUAAUCAUAAGAAAUAUAGCAAAAAAACUCGAAAUUUGAUUAAUAGAAUUAAUAAAUUGAAACCUAAGAUAAUUGCAAAUAAAUUUGA